AUGAUAAUGAAUGAACAACUUCUAAAACAAAAUGAAGUACUACAUGUUAUUGAAACAUUGAUUGCUAAAUCAAAAGAAGAUCAUACACUGAUGUAAGCAAGAUUAGAUCGACUCAUAAGACAUAAAUAGUUCAAAAAUUAAAACAAAAUGCAUUAUAAUGUGUGCAACAAUCUCCUCCAGCCGGAAUAGCUCAGUUGGGAGAGCGUUAGACUGAAGAUCUAAAGGUCCCUGGUUCAAUCCCGGGUUACGGCAUAACUUUUUUCAAAUUGUUCGUUAUCUGUUUUUACUUAUUGGUGAAUCGUGAAAACUUUUUAAAUUCUAGUAUAACUAAAACAUGCUCUUACUUGAUGCCUGUACGACUUGAAUAAGAAUGGAAGCAUUGGUUAUCGACAACGCUGAAUAUUGUAGCACUGUUUGGUUUGAGAAUAAAAUUCAAGAGCCUAGUGGAAACCUAUACGAUGUGAAAUAAUCCACUUGGAUUCGUUUCACCGAAAAUUAAUAGAUUUAUAACUCAGUCAAAAUAGACGCUGACACUUCAAUCCAUUUUGUAUGCGAAGUCUGAUCCUGCAAUCAAUCUUAGAAAAACAAUUGCGUUAUUUCCUAAGAUUCUUAGAAACCUCCUCAAGAAGCAAAUAACUUCUAAUGAUUUCUAAAACGUUUAUUGGUAUCUAAUAUAUAUAUGGCACACAGUGCCACGAGAGU